ACGUAAAUGUUAACACGCGCCAAGGAUGCAGUGACAACAGGUCUCAACUGUAGCGACCUAGUUCUUGACUCCAGGUAAUCGACAUAUUGCUUUUACGUUACAGUCACAGUGUUGCGAAACACCCGUUUAUUUACAUUUUGAAAUAUUUAAAGAGCGGAUUAGAAGAAGACAUGGAGAAAGGAUCACCAUACCCUGCACAACAACCCCCACCCCCUCAGUACAAUCAACCUCCACCAGCCUAUGCACCUCCCGGUCAACAGACCGCAGCCACCGUUGUAAUACAACAACCACAUGUAUUGCUUCGCCAGACAUUCCGGGAAGUUCCAGUACGACUGAAUUGUCAGUCAUGUCAAGCGGACAUCAUGACAGCAACCAAUUAUGAAACUGGAAUGUUAACGUGGAUGGCGGUCGGCAUUAUCUGCCUGUUUGGAGGAUGGCUCGGAUGUUGUCUGAUUCCAUUCUGUAUUGACGCCUGCAAGGAUGUCGUCCAUACUUGUCCAAACUGUAAACAAAUGGUGGGGAAGUACAACAGAUUGUCGUAGAGACAGAAGAACCGGAAGUGGCUGGAGAUCAAACUUACUAUUUUAAAUGUUUUAAAAUUUUACAAAAGUUAUUAUGAAAGUUUCAAUAAUGUUUUAACAAUUUUUCGUAUUGAUGUUAGUUUAAACCUACAUAUGCAAUUAUUUUAUUAACACAUUUUAUUUUAAGGGCAUAAAGAUGAUUAUGGAAAUACUGCAAGACAGUCUGAAAAUUUCAACUUUGAGAAUAUAAACUAGACGAAUUAGUUUAACCAUCAACAGACAUAUGAAAAA